ACCAGCACAGUCCAGAGAGUAUUCAACCAAAAGAUUGGCAGCCUGUCUUUGUGCGUGUGUUUGGAAUGAAGCGCCUGCGGGAUGUUCACCUCCUCCUGCUCAUCCUUCUGCCCCUGUUUGGAGCCGUCACAUCACAAGUUAACCCAGGUGUGUGUCGGUAUCCUCUGGGCAUGUCAGGAGGGCAGAUCCAGGACGAGGACAUCUCUGCCUCCAGCCAGUGGUCUGAAUCCACUGCUGCUCGAUACGGCAGGUUGGAUUUUGAGGAGGGCGAUGGCGCAUGGUGUCCAGAGAUAACAGUAGAGCCAGACAGCCUGAAGGAGUUUCUCCAGAUUGACCUGCGUUCCCUCCACUUUAUCACUCUUGUGGGCACACAGGGCCGUCACGCGGGAGGCAUCGGUAAUGAGUUUGCUCAAAUGUACAAGAUUAAGUACAGCCGUGAUGGAAGCCGCUGGAUUUCAUGGAGAAACAGGCAGGGAAAGCAGGUGAUUGAUGGAAACAUAAAUGCCUAUGACAUCAUACUCAAGGACCUGGAGCCACCCAUCAUCGCCCGUUUCGUCCGUUUUAUGCCCGUAACAGAUCACUCCAUGAAUGUCUGCAUGAGAGUGGAGCUUUAUGGCUGUGAAUGGCUGGAUGGUCUCGUGUCAUACAAUGCUCCAGCGGGAGAACAGAUGACUAUGCCCUCCUACCCUGUGUAUGUCAACGACUCCGUCUAUGAUGGAGCUGUUAUCCGCAGUAUGACAGAGGGCUUGGGACAGCUUACUGAUGGAGUGUGUGGUCUGGAUGAUUUUGCACACAGCCACGUCUACAAUGUGUGGCCCGGGUACGACUAUGUGGGCUGGAACAAUGAGAGCUUCCCGAGUGGUUAUGUUGAAAUCAUGUUUGAGUUUGACCGAACAAGAAACUUUACCACUAUGAAGGUCCACUGUAACAACAUGUUCUCAAGGCACGUCAAAGCCUUCCGUCAGGUGGUGUGCUACUUCCGCUCCGAAUCCGACUGGGAGGCCAACCCACUCUCCUUCAGCCCUGGUGUGGAUGAGAAGAACCCCAGUGCUCGCUUUGUCACAGUCAACCUGGCCAAUCACAUGGCCAGUGCCAUCAAGUGCCAGUUCUACUUUGCUGAUGCCUGGAUGCUGUUCAGCGAGAUCACUUUCCAGUCAGACACUGCAAUGUACAACACAACACUGGCUCCACCAAAGACAGGUCUCCCACCUAACUUGCAACCAGAGGAGGACCCCACCCACAAAAUAGAUGACAGCAACACGCGCAUUCUGAUUGGUUGUCUGGUGGCCAUCAUUUUCAUCCUGGUUGCCAUCAUUGUCAUCAUCUUGUGGAGGCAGGUGUGGCAGAAGAUGUUGGAGAAGGCCUCUCGACGGAUGCUGGAUGAUGAACUAACUGCUAGUUUGUCAAUACAGAGUGAGACAUUCGCCUACAACCACAACCAGUCAAGCACAUCCAGUGAGCAGGAGUCUAAUUCUACCUAUGAGCGCAUUUUUCCCCUUGGACCCGACUACCAGGAGCCAUCUCGCUUCAUCUGUAAGCUACCAGAGUUCGCUCAGAGCUCAGAGGAGCCUGCUUCUACCAGCACAGCAGCUUCUAAAUCCACCACAGCUACUGUAAUCCAAGAUGGCGUCCCUCACUAUGCAGAGGCAGACAUUGUUAACCUGCAAGGUGUGACUGGAAGCAACACAUACGCCAUCCCUGCACUGACUAUGGACCUGCUGUCAGGAAAGGAGGUGGUAGUGGAGGAGUUCCCCAGAAAGCUGCUCACAUUUAAAGAGAAGCUGGGAGAGGGACAGUUUGGAGAGGUGCACCUGUGUGAAGCAGAUGGAAUGCAGGAGUUCAUGAAUAAAGAGUUUUUAUUUGACAUCCCUGAAGAUCAGCCAGUUUUAGUGGCUGUGAAGAUGCUCCGUUCAGAUGCCAACAAAAAUGCAAGGAAUGAUUUCCUGAAAGAGAUAAAGAUCAUGUCACGUUUGAAGGACCCCAACAUCAUCCGCCUGCUGGCUGUGUGCAUCUACAGCGACCCUCUGUGUAUGAUCACAGAGUAUAUGGAGAACGGAGAUCUCAACCAGUUUCUGUCCCGCCACGAACCUGAGGGACAACUCGCUCUGCUCAGCAAUGCACCCACAGUCAGCUUUAAUAAUCUGUGUUACAUGGCCGGUCAGAUAGCAUCAGGGAUGAAAUACCUCUCCUCUCUUAAUUUUGUGCAUCGAGACUUGGCCACGCGGAAUUGCCUGGUUGGCAAAAAUUUCACGAUAAAGAUAGCCGACUUUGGCAUGAGCAGAAACCUGUACAGUGGUGACUACUACCGCAUACAGGGCAGAGCAGUGCUGCCCAUACGCUGGAUGUCAUGGGAGAGCAUCCUGCUGGGAAAGUUUACCACAGCGAGUGAUGUAUGGGCCUUUGGGGUGACCCUAUGGGAGAUACUAAACUUCUGCAAGGAGCAACCUUACUCCCAGCUCACUGAUGAGCAGGUGAUAGAAAACACAGGGGAGUUUUUCAGGGACCAGAAAAGACAGAUCUACCUGCCUCAGCCUGUGCUGUGUCCAGACUCACUCUACAAGAUCAUGCUGAGCUGCUGGAGGAGGAACACAAAGGAACGGCCAGCCUUCCAGGACAUACACAGAGCCCUCUUGGAAAUGCAAGAAUAAGCCAGGGCAAUGUUUAAGACAGGGGUUCCCUGUCUGCUCAUCUCUGGAAAAGAAAUAGUGCAUUACAGGUGUAGACCAUGAUUCAGACACAAUCCAGGUUUAAGCUCACUUGUUUCAGUGGAGAAACAGGAUUUGAUGAUUGGGGAACACUGUUUCAUGGACUUUCACAAAAAUGGACUACCAGAGACUUUUUGUGUGCAUCAAAUCUCGACAUGCAUACAGCUAUUGGUGGAGAAGUCUAUUAUGUUUUACAAUACAACAACCCCAAAACAUAUUUAAGGUUUGGUUGUGAAGUGUUAAGGGACCAAAAAAUAAAUGUAGCAAGUGACAUUUGGCACUUUUGAAAAUGUAUUAGAAUUAUAUUGUGUACUCAGUUCAAAUUCCCCGUGUGUUUAACAACAAAAGUAUGCGACAUUGUUGAAAAGCUUUCUUUUGGAGGACUGCUUGAAUGUAGAAGAGGGAAAGUGAAGCAACACUACUGUCACAUUUCUUGAUGUUUCAAGAACUUCAUCUCAAGGCCACAGAUUUCAAACAGAAAAGAAAUACAAAGUAACUCAGUGUCUGAGUUUCCCAUGGUUAUUUGAAGUGUAUAUGACUGUAUACCUUCUAUAGAUGAGUCUAAAUCUCAAAUAGCAAUAUUUUGUAUUAGUAUUUAUAUGUUAAUAUGUGUUUUUUCAGUUUCUGUUUUGUUGAUAUGUGUCUAUUGAUAUGCUUUUGUGCAUAUUGUAUCGAAUUUGAAAUGAUAGUAACUUUUGAGCUCACAUUUUGAUCUUUAAAAACAAAGAGCCUUCAAAUAUUUUUGGUGCGAACUUCAUUGGCCACAAGCUAACGUCAGCAGAAAGCUCUUUGACAGGUGAUCAGAUAUUAAAGACCUUAUCAGAAUGCAGGUUGGUUGGUAUGUGUUAUGUUGGUUCAACAGCAUGUGUUCACAGUCAGAUUGAUAGGAGCAUGUUACAAGUAUAUAUUGCUGGAUGAAUCAGCAAUGCAGAGGAAAUGAGAAUGCUCAGUCUAAAGAAUGAAACAGGAUGACUACUCCACAUGUUUAUAUGAGUUUAUGAAAAUUAUCUAAUAGAGCUAAUAAUUCCAUUUCAGAUUUUAGCUAUCAGUUCAGUCAGUUUUUUCUUCCUUUAAUUGCUUUAUGCUGGAUUCUUUCUUCUUUUCCUGCACUAUUUUGUGUAUAACUCUCUAAAGGCACCAACGUCAUACUGCAGACACCUGUUUCAGUGACUUCUGUUGUGUUUACAAGCUCUUUUCUCUUAUCAGAGGCCUUUGCUCCACUUCCACGGUGCAUAACUGACACUCCUAUUUGACCUAAUGUAGAGUCUUGUUUUGUGUUGUGCUAGCAGGGAAGAUCAUCAGUACGGGCUUAAACCAUAUUUUUGGAGACAGAUUAUGGUUUUUUCGUGAUUGCAAUUAAUAGCAUUUCCAUUCCUGUGAGUGUUAUAAAUCAAUCAGAUGUAUAGUUGUAAAAAGUUGAAUGGCACAAUGUCAUGUUUUAUUACAUAUUUGUACUCAAAUGUUUGUUUUUCAUUGAAAAUGUUUUUAUAUGUCUUCGUAAACAGAAGUUGUACAUUGGUGGCCCGAAUACAAAUAAAUUCGAAACGUUUGAUGAA